AGUCACGACUCGUAUGGCAGGACCAGGAAAACACGUCCGCCAACAAGAUGUCAGUGUUGGCCAUCAUUGCUCACGAGUUGGCACACUUUUGGUUCGGGAAUGUAGUGACCUGUCACUGGUGGUCAGACUUUUGGCUCAACGAGGGUUUCGCCACCUUUUUUGAACACAAGGCCGUCGCCAACAGUCAACCCGAUUGGCAAUAUGCGGACAUAUUUAUGACAACCGAUUAUAUGACAGCUUUAAACGCCGAUUCAGUGGAGACAUCGCACCCAUUAGUGCGAAAAACUGUGGAAUCGCCUCAAGACGUUCAACGAUACUCGAGCUCUAUUGUCUACUCGAAGGGCGCGACUGUCAUACGAAUGCUUGAAUUUGUCAUAAAUCUGAAAAACGAGAACAACUUUCAAACAGGAAUUCGUAAUUAUUUGACUACAAAUCAAUACAAAACUGUUGUCACUCAGGAUCUGUUAACUGCGCUGAAGGACUCGUACCAAUAUAAUGACCCUGGUGAUCCAAAUAUUUACGACCUAAUGAACGCAUGGACUGAAGAAUCGGGUUAUCCAUACAUUACUGUAACCAAAUCAGAUACGCCUAAUAAAUACACUAUAGUUCAGAGUAGAUAUUUGUCAAAUGGUAAAUUAGAUGAAAAAAAGACCAAAUGGAUAGUUCCUCUCUCAUAUUAUGAGAGAUUUGACACAAAGAAGACAACAAUUGUAUUCGUAAAAGAUGUCACUCAAGAGGUAACCAUUACUUUGGACGCUAGCGCUGAGGGACUCAUCAAAUUCAAUACCGACGGCAGAGGAAUGUAUUUAAUUAAUUAUCCCGAAGAAGAGUGGGACAAAUGGACUGACGCUCUGAUCACCGACAAAGCCAAUGUAUUGACAGCGUUAACGCCCAGCGAUAGGGCAAACCUCUUCAUCGACGCCCACUUCUUGGCCAAAGCAAACAUCGGGUCAAUCAUACGUCCCCUACAGUUGGCCCAGUAUUUGGUCAAAGAGAAGCACUACGUCCCGUGGACUGUGGCCAUCGAGUCCUUCAAACAGAUCCAGAAAUAUAUGUUAACGACUGAACGCAGAGAUGAGUUGCAAAAGUUUUUCAGAGACUUAGGCACAGACUUGUAUAACGAACUCGGAUGGGAUGACACCGGAACCGAUACACACAAGAGGUUAAGGUCAACGAUCGUUGAGCUUAUGUGCAGUCAAUACCACGAGCCGUGUCUGACGAAAGCUCUCGAAGAGUUUGCAAAAUUCAAAUCGGGAACAAAAUUGAGACCAAAUCUAUUGACACCGACGUUGAGGUACGCCAUGAGACAGAGCGCAGACCGAUCCGAUUGGGACGACUUGUGGACCAAAUACGUGGACGAAAAGACAGCGACUGUUAAACAAACCUAUUUGAAUGCAUUGUCGUAUACCAGAGAUCCUAUUCUUAUCAAAACACUAUUGGAUCGAUCACUCGAUACAAAAUUAGUUACCAAUACUGAGGUAACGGCUAUUAUCAACAAUUUGGGCGCCAAUUGGGAUGCGUUGCAGAUAUUGUGGGAUUAUUUUAAAGAUAAUCACAAACGAUAUCAGGAAAGACUGUCGACAAUACAAUUGGGAAGUAUUUUCAACAGUAUUUGCAGUUAUUUUACAACUGCUGUCCGAAGACGAGAGGUUGAGAACUUCUUAGCCGAAGACCAGACUCUCGGUAUCGCUAAUUACGACAAAAAUCGGGCCAUCGAUACGAUUAACGCUAACAUUCAGUGGUUGACUAGAAAUAAGGAUCGAGUGAUCAACUUCUUGGAGUGCCGCUCCGCGUCGUGUCCGUGGACUUCGUACAGACUCGACGAGAAGAUUAUACCCACUAAUUAUGCGCUUGAAUUCAACAUUGAUGUCGAAGAGAGUACAUUCACGGGUACGGCCAGUAUCGACGUGACUGCCGGCCAUCCGACCCAAUACUUCAUCGUUCACGCGGCCGACACUCUCGACAUCACAUCCACUGUUGUCAAGAAGAAGGGAACAGCCGUUGAGUUGGAACAGUCGGGUGCGCCCACACGCAACGCCCGGUACGAGCUGUUUGUGAUCAAGAUGAAAGACAUUCAACCGGCGGACGAUUAUAUACUGGAGUUUGUAUUCAAAUCCAAACUCAACGAGAAUAUGGACGGACUCUAUAAGAGUACAUACUAUAAAGAUGGUAAACCUGUAGGACUGGCGGCCACUCAAUUCCAGGCCACGUCGGCCCGUAAGGCGUUCCCCUGUUUCGAUGAGCCCUCGUUUAGAUCUACUUUUGAGAUGACUAUUAUCUCAAAACAGGACAAAACUCUUACCAUUUCUAACAAUGAGAUUGAGGGCACGCUUGUCAUCAAUGAUGACGGAACUCAAACCAUAAAGUAUAAGAAGACUCCAUCAAUGGUGACCUAUUUGUUGGCGAUGGUUGUGAGCGACUUUGUGUGCCAACCCGCAGCUCCCGGUGUCGUCGACUAUACUGUUAGGGUCUGCGCGUCGAGUGUUGAGCAGCAAAAGGUGGGCUAUUCGUUGGAAGUGACUCCGCAAGUGAUGAACUAUUAUGAUGGAUAUUUUGGCCACAAAUACAACCAACAUAUGCCAAAAGCAGAUUACAUAGCGAUACCAGACUUCAGCGCCGGUGCGAUGGAGAACUGGGGUUUGAUUACAUUCAGAGAGACCGGUCUGUUAUGGCACGAGAAGGACUCCACUUCGGCCAAUAAGAUGGCCGUUAUUGCUGUCAUUGCACACGAGACAGUGCACAUGUGGUUCGGCAACUUAUUCACGUGCAAGUGGUGGUCAGACCUAUGGCUCAACGAGGCGUUUGCUUCGUAUUUGGAGUACACGGCUGUUAAUCAUGUGGAGCCCACCUGGAACUAUUUUGACUUAUUCUUGAUGACCGAUACGUUGCCCGCACUGACGGCAGACUCGUCGGCCACUUCUCACCCAAUCGUAAGGCCUGUUACCCAACCGGAAGAGAGAUCCUAUACCAGUGCUAUUGUCUACAACAAGGUGACAAUCCAUGAUUUAAUGAACACUUGGGUCACAAAAGCGGGAUUUCCAUACGUGAACAUCACUAGAGACCCGACGACUCACAACAAAAUUACUGUAAUUCAAGAAAGAUUUUUAGCGAAUGGACAGACACUUGAUUCCGACACUAUUUGGACGAUUCCUCUGACAUAUUAUAAAUCAAUGGCACCAAAGGCAACGACCACUGAAUUCAUCAAAACAAAAACGGCGACAAUCGAUACAACAGUCGACACCACCACUAAUGGACUCUUGAAAAUCAACACAAAUAGCGACGGCUUUUAUUUUGUGAAUUAUCCCGAAGAGGAUUGGAGUAAAUGGACGCGAGCUCUGGUCAACAACGAUAACGACAUAUUAACUCAACUAACAGUUAGUGACCGCACAAACUUCAUCACCGACUCCUUCUACCUCUCCAGAGCUGGUCUCCUCUCAUACGUAACGCCAUUAGAGUUGGCUAAGUAUCUGAAGCGUGAGACACACCUGACUCCGUGGUCAGUGGCCAUCAGUUUGUUCGCUCCCAUCAGGAGAUCCCUGUCGUCGACGGAACACAAGGAAGGCUUUGAUCAGUAUUUAAAUGAAUUGGCGAAAGAGAGAUACGAGGCGUUGAAAUGGGAUGAGACGACCGAUGAAACAGAUGUAGUAAAACGUUUGCGUUCAAAUAUUGUGGACUUUGUCUGCGCUAACAAUUAUAAGCCAUGUCUCACAGAUGUCCAGCAAAAGUAUUAUGAAUGGCGGGCUAACCCUACAGUGAAUUACAAACCAAAUAUUAUGUCAACUGUCCUGAAGUACGCCAUCAAACAGAUUGGUUUGACCACCGAUUGGGACAAUCUAUGGGACGUGUAUUUGAAAGAGACCUCAACUGUAUUAAAACUCACAUAUCUUAACGCACUUUCGUUCACUUCAAACACAGAUCUCAUUAAUAAAUUACUAGACCUUUCAUUAGACGUAACAAAAGUGCGAAAACAGGACUAUUUGUCUGUUUUGAAUUAUAUUAUCUCAAAUCCGGACGGUUUGCCUGUGAUUUGGGAUUACUAUCGAAACAAUUACGAGAAGCUGUUAAAUGGGGGCCAUUUAUCUGUGAAUCAAUUGGGAACUGUUGUCAAUAAUAUUUGUAAUUAUUUCAAUGACGAGACGAGAAAGAAAGAGGUGAAAGACUUUUUCGCUUUACAUCCGACGGUUGGGGUCACAGAAAACGAGAGGAGGAGAGCGUUGGAGACAAUCGAUAACAAUAUUAAAUGGUUGGCCGAUAACCACAAAGUUGUCGGUGAAUUCCUCGCAACACAACAGAUUGACAGCAAUCACACCAAUUGUGAUGAAGAGACUCAAAUGUACGCCAAAGACUCAUUUGAUCGUUUCGGCGAUGAUUUGAUGCAACUCUUGCUGUCCUAUCAUUCCUUCGAUGAAGAGGUCGACACAAUUGAGAUGAGAUGUCGACACCAAUGCGUCUCAAAACAGUUUCAGAGAUGUAUUUAUCAAACAAUUAGUGAGAUUUAUAUCGACGACGAACUGAUGGACAGAAUGAAAGCUAAAGAAGUGGAUCUAUCGGACGAAGUGUUGUGUCAAAGAAAGACAAUCACUUGUUAUCAUUCAAUCAUU